AUGGGUAGCCCAGGCGGGAAAAUGUCGGCAUCACGCGGCAGCCCUUCCCCUCCAGGUCGUGCUGGUCGCCAAUCGACCGACUCCGCCGCAUCUCCCGUUCCUAGCUCGCCAACUCGAAGACCUCUGCCGAGCCCCGAUCUGUCAAGGGGAGGAUCUCCGACACCAAAGCGAUAUAAGCGUGGAAUGGCCAGUCCAAUUCGUGACCGUGCAUUGUCCAGACAGCCGACGCCCAGAGAAUCCCGCGUUGAGCGCGUUCUCUCGAGUUCUGAUUGCCCUUCGAUCGUGCUGAAGCCAUCCAGCUCACCCAAGCGGACCUCAUACCAUCGCGACUUCGCGGUAAUGGGGCUUCAGUCAACCGUGGCUCAGCUUCGGCGUAUGAAUAGCCAAAUGAGUACCUUCAGCGCCGGUUCAUCUAUUUCGGAUCCGGACAGUCCGACACUACCAAACUUGAGAGGAGGCGGGUUCAGCCCCGACAGGAGCAACAGCCGCGUAAGCAAAAUGGGUCGACAAAACUACUUGUCUUUAGGCACGAGUCCAGGCUCAGCGAAGCGGACCAAGUCCAUCAAAUCGGCUAGAAAUUCAAUCGCCGUACUCAAGAGCCGACCAGGUGGGAACAAGCAUCUUGAUUCGCUACGCGCUGCAGUUGAAGAGAAGGAAAAUGAGAGAAGAAACGGUUCUCUGAUUCGAGGACCCCGGCCGCUCAACCCGACACCUAGGAGCGCCGGACGAGGGUUGGCUAGAGACAGCGUGGUGACUGUGGAGAGUCCCACGAGGAGGAGAAUUUCCAACGUCGAUACUGAAGACCAGAAGCGUCUGGAACGGCCGAUCAAGCAUCAAGAUAGCGGUACCAGCUUGGGUGCAUACGGGAAAGAGGACUGCCUGUUAAGCUCCCCAGACAGCCUCACUGAGGGGGCCGAGAGACGGAGCCCAAACAUGAGGGUUUGA